GUCAUGUGAUAGUCAGAUGCCGGAAGACUGUAAGAACGGUUCGAGCAUGGCGGCAGUAGUUCUCCCGUGGUUCUUCCUGGUAAGCCCAGUGGUGCUUGCUGCAAGCAUGACAGUAAAUGAGGCCAAUGGGACAGUACCUCUGGUUCUGUGGCAUGGGAUGGGUGACUGCUGCUGCAACCCUCUCAGCUUAGGCGCUAUAAAGAAGAUGAUCGAGCAGGAGAUUCCGGGCAUUUACGUGCUUUCACUGAUGAUUGGCAAGAAUGUUGUGGAGGACACAGAAAAUAGCUUUUUCAUGGAUGUGAAUCAGCAGGUGUCCAUGGUGUGCAGUCAGCUUGCUCAGGAUCCCAAGUUGAAGGGAGGAUACAAUGCCAUGGGCUUUUCCCAGGGAGCGCAAUUUCUGAGAGCCGUGGCUCAGAGAUGCCCUUCUCCGCCAAUGAAAAAUCUCAUCUCUGUCGGUGGUCAGCACCAAGGCGUGUACGGGCUGCCAAGGUGUCCAGGAGAGAGUUCCCACGUUUGUGACAUGAUCCGAAAGGCCCUUAACUCUGGAGCGUACAGCGAUUUGAUUCAAAAACACCUGGUGCAGGCCCAGUACUGGCAUGACCCGUUAAAUGAUGACCUGUACAAGCAGCGCAGUCUCUUCCUGGCUGAUAUCAAUCAGGAAAGGGUGGUAAAUGAGACUUACAAGAAGAAUCUUCAGAUGCUGAACAAGUUUGUCAUGGUGAAGUUCCUGCAGGACUCUGUGGUCGAUCCUGUGGAUUCUGAGUGGUUUGGCUUCCUAAAAACUGGGCAGGCUAAAGAGACUGAAACUCUACAGGAGAGCGUUCUCUACAAAGAGGAUCGUCUGGGCCUGGCCGCAAUGGACAAGGCAGGAAAGCUAGUUUUUCUUGCGACUGAUGGAGACCACCUCCAGUUUACAAGAGAAUGGUUCAAUACCAACCUGCUGCCUUACUUACGCUAGAAAACACUGCUGGUGAAAAGACAUCUACAUUACUUGGCGUGGAGAUGCUGGAGGCAAACAAUUCCUGACUGUUGCACUAAAGAUCUGUAGCAUGCUGAUGGGGUGAGGUUAAUUGUAAAGCUAAUUUCUACUAAGUCUACUGUUGCUUCUUUCAUUUAAUUGUCCUGUGCAAACUGUUUUCAGUGGGUUUUUUUUUUUUUAUAAAAACUUGCUUUUAACAUUC